GGCACGUCCAUUGGCCUCGGCACUCGGGUCACGUGGGCAGUCAGACCAACGGCGCGGACGGACGGGAGUGGAAGCAUGACGUCUGACGGCCCACCAGAGAACGUGGUCCAGGACCAGGUCAGGUCUCUGCUGGAAAACGAAAUGAUCAGACUCUGGGAGCCCCCUUACACCACUGAAAAUAAAGAUGCCACACCAGAACUGAAAAUUUUGGCUGAGAAAUAUGCAUUACAAUUGUGCAUCGACUUAAGGAAUGUGGAAAGUGUUCUUGAAAGUUUGAGAUGUACUUCACUGCAAGGCCUGAGUGCAAAAAAGACAUUUGAAGAUACGGGACUUGCAACAAUACGAAUUAAUUACACAAACAAUGGAAAGAGAAAAGAAAAGACACGGCUGACAACAAAACUGAACAUUUCAGCUGGUGAUUUAAGAACUGAAAUUGCACAAUUAACAGGAAUGAAUGAAGGACAUGUAAAGCUUAUCAUGAACUCCAAAGUUCUUAAAAUGGAUCGAUCUCUUGCUGAACAGAAUGUGAAAAAUAAUUCGCUAAUUAUGGUUAUGCAAAUAACUGUCACUGAGGAGGAGGCUAAAGAGCAGGAGAUGGUUUUCCAAGAGGAGAUGAAAGAACAAGAUGAGUGCAAGGCCAAAAUAUCCAGGACCAGGAAGGGUGCUGAGAUUUUAGCACAACAUGGUGAGAACAGUAAUGUUCCAUAUCUCGAGAUUGCAGAUCAAAAAGGACGGCCCAUCCCUAUUCCAGCUGAGGAGAAAAAGGCACUUUUGUUAGCCAUGACGUUACAUGAAAAAGGCAGAGCAUUUAUGAAGAAGAGAGAUUAUGCAUCGGCGCUGUUAUAUCUGUUGGAUGCUGAUGAAGAAUUUGGAAAGUGUGGGUCUGAGCUGCUGAACACCGUGGAUAACCAUGCAGUUCUACAACUAGAAGUCGUGUGGUGUUUUCUUCAACUGGAACAGCUUGACUGUCUUCGCGAUGCGGAAGAGAGACUAAGACGAGCCCAAACCCGGCUAAAUAACUGCUAUGGAGAGAACCUGGAGCGACUCUAUAACCUGAAGGGCAGCACUGCCAAUGAGCAGGUGCUGUACUUGCGGCUCAAGCUACUUCAGGGAGUGGUGUUGUAUCACAAAGGAAAACUGCAGCAGGCAAGGAAACAUCUGAAUGAGGCAGAAAUAUUAUUGGGGAAACUUUGCGUGGAUGAUAAAAAGGUGGUGCAACUCAUGAGUCUUGGAUUCACAGCCCAGGAGGCACGGUUAGGAUUGCGAGCAUGUGACGAUGACAUUAACUUUGCAGCAUCGCAUAUCUACCAGAGGAGAGAGGAGAAAGCUGAAAUAAGGAGAAAAGAGAGAGCAGAAAGGAAGAGGAAAAAGCAAGAAGCGAUAAAUUCCUUGGUGGCGAUGGGCUAUUUGGAGAAGGCUGCCGCCAAAGCAUUUCGAUCUGCGAACAACAACUUGGAACAUGCAAUAGAGAUACUCCAGUACAGCCCCGAGCCCUUCUACCAAGACGAUGAAGCUGGUCCUAGUACUCGUAUCGAAAUCUCUGAAGAAGCUAUUAAUCAGGUGGCAUUCUUGGGUUUCGAUCCCUCUGCUGCCGAGGUUGCUUUGAGGAGGUUUAACGGCAACAUUGAACGUGCUGUUCAGGCACUGAUGGAUCACAGUGGCUACCUUCCUUCAAGUCUGGUUAACUCACCCCCUUCCUCAUCUUCGCCCGAGGACAUGGAGGUGGAAGAGCCAUCAGAAGAGAAACGAAAAGAACGUGAAAUUGUGGAAGAGGUUUUGGCCGACAUCCCAGAACAUGAAGAGGACUACCUUGACAUGACCCUGGAGGAGGAAAAGGAGGUCGUUAUCAAGUACAAGACCUGGCUACAAGGUUCACAGCAAUCUACCUCAUAAUUGUCACGCAUCGAAGCAACCAGUGCUGGAACCUGGUCCCUGAAUCGUGCCACAUGCCUUUUUCAAAAUGUCUGCCCUUUUGGGGUGAUUCAUCAACUUUAGUUUUUAACUUGGUCAAUGAUUUGAUUGCCAAAAUCACUUUUAUAUAAAACACCAAAACCCUCUGCUAUUCCUUCAAUCAAAUAUGCUUUUCGAAUUACUAUCAGUAAAAUUUAACUCUUUACUCUUGUACCUUAGCAGUAAAUGCAGACAUUUGCUUUGGCAGGGAUGUUUGUACUCAAAGGUACACAAAAAUGCUGGAGAAGCUCAGCGGGUGCAGCAGCAUCUAUGGAGCGAA